AUGCCGAUCCGGGCGCCGCGGGUGAUUUUCCUGGAUGUGGACGGUGUGCUCAACUCGGCCGCUGAGCGAUCCGCAGUCGACUACAUCGGGCUCACGGGCGGCUUGUGGCUGGAGAGGGGACUCAUCGAAAGGCUCCGCGACUUGGUUCAUUUGCAGCAGGCCUUUCUGGUGAUCUCGUCCAGCUGGCGCAGAGACCGUUCGGCGGUGGAGGAUCUGAAGCGGGUGUGUGCCGAUGUCGGUUUGCCACGGUGGCGCUUUUUGGGUCAGACCUGCGAGCUGGGCCGCACCGCCGGUCCCACGGCCGCCGCGCGGCGCGGCACGGAGAUCCGGCGCUGGCUGAGCGCCUUCCGGGCGGAGUUUGGAGUCCAGCAGUGGAUCACGCUCGAUGACAUGGACUUGGCCUCCGCAGCGCCCGAGCACUUGCGGAAGCAUCAUAUCCGCACGCAUCCCUACUACGGACUUCAGCCUGCGGAGGUUCAAAAAGCAUUACAGGUCUUUGGAUGUGGCUGCACAGAGAAGACCAUCCUGGCCAUGCUGAGUGAUGUGCACUCCAAAGGCAUCGUGCUGGAUAUUGACGGCACGUUGAUCGAUUCCACGCCUUUUUGUGAUGGGAGCUCGCCGGCGACAUAUGUGCACGAGGACUGGUGA